AGAGAGAGAGAGAGAGAGAGAGAGAGCCGACGCCGGCAAUGGAGCAGUGGAGGAACACGGCGGCGCAGGCGUCGGCUCGCAGCUUUACCUACAUCAACGGGACGAAUGCAGUAGUCGAGACCAUCAUUGACGCCCGCCAGCAGUACAGCCUGGCCGCCGAGGACUGCCGCAGAUUCCGCCCGGGCGUGCAUCCCUUGCCCAACGCCGGCCAGGGCGCUUCAGCAGGCGGCCUCAUCAUGGACCUCGCCAUCGGCCGGAUCAAGCGCAUCAGCAGGUUCCACGCCGUACUGGGCACCGUCUUCUCCCUCUGCGUUGCGCACAUCGGGCUCCAGGCCAACGCGCCGUGGUGGUGGGACAGGUGGCAACUCCACCACGCCGACGCUGCCCGCCACGCGGAGACAGCGCUGCAGUGCCUACACUCCACCAAGUCGCACGGCCAUGCGGCCCUCGGCGUGUUCCACGUCAUGCUCAGGCCGCCAUCGCCGCGAGCAGUCGCCCACGUCUGGGCACCCGCGGCCGAGCAGCUCCUGCGCGGCGCCAUCGACAAUCUGGCCAUGGCGGAGGCCGCGGUGGAGCGGAUGCGCCCGGCCAUUGUCGCCCAGUUCUUCGACGCCUCGAUGCUUCUUCAUGGCUGAUCGCGCGUGCGGCAUCGCAAUCACCAAUCUCUCUUGUGUUUUGUUCAUCGGUACUUGCAUGCACGAAUUUACUUUUUCCCGGCCUCGGCUUUCCGUGGAUCAAGAGGUUCAGGUGUCAUAUUUGUCGAUCUGUGAUUAGGGUGUAGACGAAUGUGAUCAAAGAUUCGGCGAUGACAGAACCGCACUGCACGUACGUACAUCGGUCUGUAGCUUGUACAGCUACUAGCCACUUAUUUCUACAACCUUCUUUAAACCCAA